AUGCCACUCACCGGCCGAAGAAGAGUUCGAUUUCCGAAUCCUAACCCAAGCCAAAGCCAAAAGCCGCAAAAGAUGACGCGCCCGGGGAUCCCGGCCAUUUUCACCCAACCCCCAGCAAUUAUCGACCCGCUCAUCACAGAGACCACUGAUCUACACAAUGCUACCCGGGACAAGUGUCUCCCCUUCCUGAAAGGCACCCACUCGAGCCAAGCGGACCUCAACAAGCACGGGGUUCCCGCUCUGAAGCGCGAUCUCCAUGUAGGGUACCUCUUCGACAGCCUGGAGGAUUAUCCCUCCGGCUUCGUGGCCAUGGACGCUAGUCGCCCGUGGAUCGUGUACUGGGGUCUUGCGGGGUUGGCCAUGCUAGGGGAAGAUACGAGUCAAUUCCGAGAACGUGUCAUCACAACACUGCGUCCUAUGCAGAACCCCUCCGGAGGAUUUGGAGGUGGCCAUGGCCAGACCUCGCAUCUGGCGGGCAGCUAUGCGGCCGUGCUGUCGCUUGCCAUGGUUGGUGGUGAGGCACUGGGAUUGGUGGAUCGACACGCGAUGUGGCAAUGGCUCAGUCGGGUCAAGCAGCCUGAUGGCGGGUUUCGAGUUGGCGAAGGCGGGGAGGAGGAUGUGCGGUACGUGAAACAACGGUGGUGGCUAGAUUUUGACUUUCUGACGUUUCUUAGAGGCGCAUAUUGCGCUAUGACGAUUAUUUCCUUGCUGGAUCUGCCGCUCACCCUCGCGGAUGGGCAAGCGCGGGAUGCUGGAUUGGAGACUUUGACGAGUGGGCUCCCACAGUAUCUCUCCAGAUGCCAGACGUUCGAGGGUGGUAUCUCAGGCAGUCCUGGGUCUGAGGCCCACGGCGCAUAUGCCUUCUGCGCGUUGGCGUGUCUUGCCAUAAUGGGACCACCAGAGGAGGUCUUUACCAGACACAUGGAUAUCCCCAUGUUAGUAUCAUGGCUCUCUGCACGUCAGUCUGCACCAGAGGGUGGGCUGUCCGGAAGGACUAAUAAGCUUGUUGACGGAUGCUACAGCCAUUGGGUUGGUGGGUGCUGGCCAUUGCUAGAGUCCUCUCUAGAUGGCAAGCCGAGUAGCACCGAGCCUCCAGCCUCCAGCCUUUUCAGCCGCGAGGGCCUCACCCGCUACAUCCUUGCAUGCUGCCAAGGUAACGAUGGAGGUCUCCGUGAUAAACCGGGAAAACACGUUGAUUCCUACCACACCUGCUACGUCCUUGCAGGGCUGAGUACGACUCAAACCCAUCACUAUCGCACUGAUUCGAGUGCCGUGUCAGAUGGUUUCUCAUCUGCCUUUUCCUGGAAGUCAUCCCCAAGCCCCGCCGAGGACAAUGUGUUUACCAAGAGGGAUCGCCUAACCCCACUGCACCCCUUGUAUCUCAUCCCUCACAAAGAUGCAGAGAGAAUGCGGCUCUGGUCUCAGGCCCACCCCCUCGUGUGA